GAGCAAGUGAAUUGAAUAGAGGUUAUAAACCUAGUCUUAUAAAAAAAAAAGCUUUAAUUUUCGUCCUACAGCCAGACUCCUUCUUCCUUUCCCUUUUUAGUUCGUAAAAAGAUACUGUAAAAAAAAAAAUGGCAUUGACUCUGAACAGUGGUUAUGAAAUGCCAAUUCUUGGUCUUGGUUUUUUUCGCAUGGAAGGCAAAAAUAUAAAAGAGAUUCUCUUCAAUGCAAUCAAGAUUGGCUACCGUCAUUUUGACUGCGCUGCUAAAUACCAGAAUGAGGAAGAACUUGGGGAAGCCCUGGAAGAAGCGUUUCGCAUGGGACUCGUUAAGAGGGAGGAGCUUUUCAUUACUACCAAGCUGUGGAAUUCAGACCAUGACCACGUUCUUGAGGCUUGCAAAGACAGCCUGAAAAAGCUUCGUCUUGAUUAUCUUGACCUGUAUCUCAUUCAUUUUCCAGUACCCACAAGGCAUACAGGAAUUGGAAAGCCAGCCAGCGUGAAGGGGAAGGAUGGUGUCCUGGACAUAGACACUAAUAUCACUUUGGAGACUGUUUGGCGUGGCAUGGAAAACUUAGUCUCUCUGGGCUUAGUUCGAAGCAUUGGAAUCAGCAAUUACAGCGUUUUGCUAACUAGAGACUGCCUAGCUUAUUCAAAGGUGAAGCCAGCUGUGAAUCAACUGGAGUUGCAUCCUUAUUUCCAGAGGGAUUCCCUUGUCAAGUUCUGCCAGAAGCACGGCAUCUGUGUCACUGCCCACACCCCACUGGGAGGAGCCCAAGCCAACACCGAAAUGUUUGGCUCUGUAUCAUGCUUGGAUGACCCCGUUCUUCUGGGUAUUGCUGCGAAAUAUAAAAGGUCUGUGGCCCAGAUCGUUCUGCACUGGAGCAUUCAGCGAAAUGCAGCUGUGAUUCCUAAGACAUCAAAACUUGAAAGGUUGCAAGAAAAUUUUCAGGCCCUUGAUUUCGAGCUCAGCGAAGAGGACAUGGAACUGAUCAAAACUAUAGAUCGGAAAGCUCGAUCCAAUGACCCGGCCAAAGGUGGUUGGAACAUAGACAUAUACGAGUAAAGGGAUGGCUAAGAUUGAAGUACCAGGACUUAGAGGUCCUGAGUUCUAAUCUCCCUUUUUUUUAUUAGCUUUUUAAAUUCCACCCCCCCUAUAAAAAAAAAGUCUUUUUAAAACGAAGGGAUGGAUGUUUGGAACAAUUACUAGAUACUUAUAUAGGCUUAGCCACAUCUUAUAAGUUAUGCUGUAACUUAUCAUGGAUGCUAUAGUUGGAGUGUUAAAUAAACUUGUGUGCUAUUUCAAUGUAUUUAUGUGGUAGCUGAAAUAUAUAUACAUAUUUAUGUAUAAAAGAAUAAAGAAAGGUUUUUGUCCUUCCAA